AUCCCAUAACAUAGCAUCAAAUAAUGGAAGGAAGAAUUAAACCAACUUGCAACACGACCAUAAGAGGACGAGCUGCAUCGGGACAAAAACUUGCUGCUUAUAAAUACGCACAUGCUCCACCUCCACUACCAUCAGCACCCCUCGACAACGAGCCCCACACGCACCCAGGAAGCAAGUUAGACAGACAGACAAACGAAAACCAAAACUCAAACUCAAAGAGUAGUCAAUCAUCACAGCUCUCUUCGUCAAUCAUCAUCAAUGGGGAUGCAGAGCAACGAAGGCACGGUGAUGUUCUCCUCCAUCGCGCUGCUGCAGCAGAGGUUCAGAGAGCUGGAGAGGAUCAAGGAGAAGCGGGAGGUGAGACUUCUACAGAUUCUCACUCCCCGUGAAGCCGAACUCCUUCAGGGUGUCAGCGGUAACGCCGCCGCCGCUGCUGCUCCAAGGGAGGCGCCGGUCAGAUGGUUCUUCCACCCGGAGCUGUUGUACCCAUGCAGGCCUCUGGGUGGCACCGCUGCCUUAUUUCCAGUGGUGCCGGCAACCGCAGCUUGUGAGUGUAAAACCAUCCAGCUCCACGGCGAUUCCCUUGCAAUGGACCUGUGGCCCAGUAAGGCCUCCGGUGAAGUUGAUGUCGACACCUCACUGCACCUCUAGAUUACUACUACUGCUACUUAGAAAUGCUGUCCUAAGCUGUUGUGCUGCUAGCCUUCUCGGUCUCCUCAGUGUUACUAUCGCUGUUUUUGGUAGCCUACUAUGAUCCUCUUCUCUUUUCUUUGGUUGUAAUUGUAACAAGGGGCAGGAGGGUGGUGAGCUGUAAUUAUUGCCUGUAGUACAAUGGUGCUGGUUGUUUUCUU